UUGGUGGUAGAAUCGGCGUCGCAAGCGCAGGAGUACGGUGACCUGGAGAUCGACGCCAAGUCGCCGGUGAACGCGGACCUGCUGUUCGAUGCCCAGCACAACAUGCACCUGUACGUGAUGACCGAGAAGAAGAUCUCGAAGGUGAAGGUGCAAGAGUGCACGGUGUACAAGACCUGCUGGGAGUGCCUGAACGCCAAGGACCCCUACUGCGGCUGGUGCUCGCUCGAGAACAAGUGCAGUCUGCGAAGCGACUGCCAGGACGCGGCAAAGGACCCGCUCUACUGGAUCUCCUACAAGAGCGGGCGCUGCACCACCAUCACCAACGUCAAUCCAGACCAACUGCAGAGGACGACCGCCAGGACGCUCGAGCUCGCUAUCGAGAACCUGCCCAGUCUCAGCGGCCAGUUUCUCUGCGCCUUCUCCGCGCUCGACAAGACGCUCAUCACCAAUGCCACCAGGAAGCCGUAUGGGGUCAACUGCACGACGCCGCGCACGGACCUACUGCCGCCGAUCCCGCCGGGCCAGCACCACUUCACGGCCAAAUUGUCGGUGCGGAUGACCAACGGGCCGGACCUCGUGGCCACGGACUUCACCUUUUUCGACUGCAGCACGCACAGCUCCUGCACCCAGUGCGUCUCGUCCAACUUCCCGUGCGACUGGUGCGUCGACGGCCACCGCUGCACUCACGACACGGCGGAGAACUGCCGCAACGACAUCCUCGUCACCGGCGUCAGUAGGCUCGGACCGAGUUACCGCAGCGGACCGGCUUUCUGCCCCACCAUCAAUGCCACGGAUUCCAAGGAGAUCCUCGUCGCUUCCGGCGUUAAGAAGACCAUCCGCGCCAAGGUUCACAUCAUCGGGCAAUUCAUCAUACAGACCCGCUUCGUCUGUCAGUUCAACAUCGAAGGGCGCGUGACGAGCGUGAACGCGCGCCUCCUCGCCGAUACGAUCUACUGCGACGACACCGAGUUCUCGUACACGUCGCGUGCGCCCAACAUCACGGUGCCGUUUGCCGUCAUCUGGGGCGGUUCCAAGCCUCUCGACAAUCCCGAUAACAUCCACGUGGUGAUCUACCGCUGCCGCGACAUGGCCGAUAACUGCGGCAUGUGCCUGGCUCUGGCCGAAAAGUACGGCUGCGGUUGGUGCAUGACCUCCGACAGGUGCGAGGUGAAGGAGCAGUGCGACAAGGGCAGCGGCACCUGGCUGGACCGAAACCAAACCUGCCCCAAUCCCGAAAUCCUCAAGUUCGAGCCGAUGAUGGGCCCGUGGGAAGGCCACACCAACAUCACCAUCACCGGCAUCAAUCUCGGCAAGACCUUCAAGGACAUCUACAAUGGAGUUACCGUCGUCGGAUUGACCUGCCAGCCGUACGAGGAGCUGUACAUCCGCACGAAACAGAUCGUCUGUCGUGUGGACGGGCCUGGCGAUAACAAGAUUCGCCAUGGACCGGUGAUCGUUAAAAUUGAGGACUUCCGCGGACAGUCGAAAGAGGAGUACCAGUUCGUCGAUCCCAAUAUCACUGCCAUCACACCGACGCACGGCCCCGUCAGUGGUGGCACUCGGCUGAAAAUCAACGGCCAGUACAUGAACGCCGGCAGCCGCAUUCAGGCCUUCAUCGACGAGUUACCAUGCGAAAUCAACAACACCGAGCACGACGAAGUGCUUUGCAUUACGAGCGCGAGCGACAGACCGCGAGCUGGCACCGUCAAGAUGCACUUCGACAAGUCGGAAAGACGAUUCAUGGGCGUCUACGAGUACGUCGAGGAUCCCAAGAUCGAGACCGUCGAGAGUGGUGUCGACGGCGGCCAAAUCAAGGUGCCCAAGGGCAUCCCAUCCGGCGGUAUAAAAAUCAGCAUCACCGGCCACAAUCUCGCUUAUAUUCAGAAGCCUGAGAUGUACGUGUACUACGAGGGCAAACAGUACUUCUCGCAAGCCUGCACCAUUCUUAGCCAGACCAACAUGAUUUGUAAGUCGCCAGAGAUCGACGUGCCACCUGGUAUCCUCGAUGCUGAGAAACCUCUGCAUUUGGAGUACGGUUUCCGCAUGGACAAUGUUGCCAGAGUACAGAAUCUCACCCAACAGGGACUCAAUGCUUUCCUACUGUAUCCCGACCCGGUUUACGAUGCCUUCGACGAGGAAGUCAAGUACUAUAAGAGCGACUAUUUGAACAUCAAUGGCAUGCAUCUCGACCGAGCUUGUCAAGAGUCCGACGUGAUGGUCAAGAUUGGCGAUAGCUACUGCAACGUCACCUCGCUAUCUCGAUUCCAACUCACCUGUCGUCCGCCACCCACUCAGCCGCCUACUCUUGACUCGUCUGGCAAUCCUAGAUCGGAGCUACCCGAAGUCGUGGUCAUCGUUGGCAACAAUCUUAAGUACAAAAUCGGCAAGCUAAGUUACGCCCUACCAGCCGGUCUAAACAGUCCGCUUUCAAAGCCAGCGUUGAUCGGCGUGAUUGCUGCAAUUGUCAUUCUAGUCAUCGUGUUCAUUGCCUUCCUCAUCGCCUACAGGCGCAAAUCUACCGAGAGCAAUCGUGUGCUCAAAAACAUGCAAGAACAGAUGGACAUACUGGAGUUGCGCGUCGCUGCCGAAUGCAAGGAGGCUUUUGCCGAAUUGCAGACCGAGAUGACGGAUCUCACGGGCGAUUUGACCAGCGGUGGCAUUCCGUUCCUCGACUACAGAACCUACGCAAUGAACAUACUCUUCCCGUCGGAUGACAAUCAUGUCGUGCUGCAGUGGGACAGACCCGAGCUCGUGCGCAAAGAGAAGGGAUUGAGACUGUUCGGACAGCUCAUUAUGAAUAAGACAUUCCUCCUGCUGUUUGUCAGGACCCUCGAAAGCAACAGAUAUUUCUCCAUGAGGGAUCGAGUCAAUGUUGCCAGUCUGAUUAUGGUUACGCUGCAGAGUAAGAUGGAGUAUUGCACAGAUAUUCUGAAAACCUUGCUUGCCGAUCUGAUUGAGAAGUGUAUGGAGGGUAAGAGCCAUCCUAAGCUGCUGUUGCGACGAACGGAAAGUGUGGCCGAGAAAAUGCUGACUGCGUGGUUUACAUUCCUGUUGUACAAGUUCAUGCGAGAGUGCGCGGGCGAACCGUUGUAUUUGCUCUUCCGUGCCAUGAAGCAACAAGUCGACAAGGGGCCAGUCGAUGCCAUCACUUCAGAGGCUAGGUACUCGCUCUCCGAGGAGAAGCUUAUUAGACAGUCGAUUGAAGUCAAAGCGAUGACGGUAUACGUAUCCAUUUCGCAGCAAGCGGUGUUUGUCGGGGGCAUGGAUCCCAACACUGAAAAUGUUCCAGUAAAAGUUUUAGACUGUGAUACUAUUUCUCAAGUCAAGGAAAAAGCACUCGAUACCAUAUAUAGAUCUACACCAUAUAGUCAGAGACCAAGAAAAGAUGAUCUUGAUCUUGAAUGGAGAACAGGAGCCUCUGGUAGGCUUAUUCUGUACGACGAGGACACGACUACAAAAAUGGAAGGCGAGUGGAAGAAGCGCAACACACUCAAUCACUACCGAGUGCCCGAUGGCGCGUCACUGAACUUAGUCCCCAAGCAAUCAUCUAUCUACAAUCUCUCCAUCCUUUCGGAAAAGACAGACAAGUCUCACAAAUAUGAAACUUUGAACCUCAGCAAAUUCAGCUCGGCAAGUCCACCCUUAUCUCGCGCCACAUCACCGUUGAAUCACGACCACGACGGUGGCCUGAAAGUCUGGCAUUUGGUUAAACAUCACGACAACGAUGCACAAAAGGAGGGUGAACGUGGCAAUAAAAUGGUUUCUGAGAUUUAUCUUACGAGGCUUCUCGCCACUAAGGGUACAUUACAGAAAUUCGUCGAUGACCUAUUUGAGACAAUAUUUAGCACCGCACAUCGUGGCUCCGCUUUGCCACUUGCCAUUAAGUAUAUGUUCGAUUUCCUUGACGAUCAAGCGUUACAUCACCAGAUUUGCGAUCCUGAGGUCGUGCACACGUGGAAGAGUAAUCUUCUACCGCUCAGAUUUUGGGUGAAUCUCAUCAAGAAUCCUAAUUUCAUUUUCGAUAUUCACAAGUCAAAUAUCGUCGACGCUUGCUUCUCCGUUGUCGCGCAAACCUUUAUGGACAGUUGCUCUACGUCUGAUCACAGAUUGGGUAAGGACUCGCCAAGUUCAAAACUACUUUAUGCCAAGGACAUUCCAAUUUAUAAAGAGUGGGUGGAGCGCUACUACGCGGAUAUCAAGAUGAUGCCAGCCAUAUCCGACCAGGACAUGAACGCCAUGCUCGCAGAGGAAUCAAGACUGCAUACAAACGAAUUCAACACAAAUUGCGCCCUGUACGAGCUAUACACGUAUGCGAGCAAGUAUAACGAGCAACUGACGGUUACUUUGGAAGAAGACGAGUUCUCAACGAAGCAGCGAUUGGCGUACAAGCUCGAACAGGUGCACAACAUCAUGGCCGCGGACGGGAAUCCAUGAUGUCCCGUUUACACUAGCAAGCACUCAAAUAAACCGGCGCGCAAUGAACUGGCCUGCUGAGGCUUGAGGAGCUCGACGUUGGGUCGUCCGGUUCCUGCAACACCAGGCAACAGCAGCAGCCUUGACGCCCACGUCGAUGAUUACUGGCACGUCUCGGGCUUACUCGACGCUGAACACCAGUACCUCUUGGCCUCGCCGCCGCCGGCUAAACGGCCUGACCCUACGACUCCGAGUGCGAGCUACAGAUAAGCACCAUGCAGCUGGUGGUUUAUCAUUUUAGCAUAUAGAGUGUGCGUCUCUUCGCUAUUUUUCCUCGUGAACGCUUAUACCUUACAGUGCCGACGAGUGAAGUUUUUGUGCGCGAAGAGUGUGUUUAUACGCAAGACGAACUGCUUAUAAUUGUACCUAGAUUUAAAACGCGUGUAUCUUGUGAGUGUGAUAGAGGGUAUACAUUCAACCCUCUCGGCUGGAUAACAAUUCCGGUUUAUCCUUCUAGUGUAUACACUGUGAAGCUAGCUUCUCGUCUGGUUUCCUUAGGAUGAAUCGACUAGUUUAGCAAUAUACGAGCAACUGCUCGAGUGGUUUUCAUGUUUUCAAUUUUUCUUUUGUAUUAUUUUAUAAUUUUCAAGAGUAUAUACACAAACACAUCCCACACACGCGAAAGAAAGCAAUUUUUUAUAUUAUUAUUUUUAUUGUAUAAAUUUUGUAAAGUCUUUUUAUACGAAACAAUAGGCGUGACGUUGAUUUUUAAUCGUUUUUUUUUUAUUUUUUAUCGUGUACCAAACUAACUCAUUAAAGGCUCAAUUAUUGUGGGAUAAGUUUGCGUGAAUUCAAUUGAGCAGACUGAUCGGUUGUUGUUUCUUGGUUGGAGAAGAAAUUUUGUAUAUUUGUGCAAGUCACUGCCUCCCUCCUCCCAAAAAAUAAAUAAAUAAAUAAAUAAUGAAACGGCCAAGCUAUGAGUUAGAAAGAUUAACAAAAGAGAGAAAGAGGUGUCUUGAACGAAUACGCGUUUCCAUCCACUGAAAUCGUUUGAACAAAUAAAGAAAAAAAUUACAAAUAAAUCUAAAAAUAUGGUCGUCGUGAUAAGAAAAUGAAUAUGUACGUAAGUCAUCGAUAAUCGCUAUUGUCUUGAUCGACACAAUCGAUGAAGAAAAUAUAAUAAUUAUAUUAUUAUUAUUAUGAUAAUUAUAUUAUAUACAUGGAUGGUAUGUCAUUAUGUAUAUGUGUACAUAUAUACACACUUAUUACAGCGAGCGCGCGUGUUUAUGUAUAUAUAUUUAGGUUAGUAAAUAUCAUCACCGUUUACAAAAAGAAGAAACAGUCUCUCCCAUUCGUCUCCCAUUCUUACGAUAUAACGUGAAUUGAUUUCUUUUUAUCAACGACAGAUCUGGCUUCAAAAGUUUUGGAGAACUUAAUUAAAUUAUAAAAAUAAAAUCGAGUAACUAAAAACAAAAUAUCAAACGAUAUGUUUAAGAAAACUUUGCAGUGUACUCUUUUCUAUUUCGAAUAUAGCAUUUCCAAUAUAAGUAAUUGUAAUGAUAAAUUUUCUUUUAUUACAAUUUCACGAUUAUCAAAAUAAAGAAGUGCCAUUAUAAAUAGAAAAAAGUGAAACACGCAAAGAAUGUUAUCACUAGUUAGUGUAAUUGCUCUUGUAGAUUGAGGUCAGAAGGCUGUCAACUAAGCAUUCCGUGAAUAAAAAAAUACAAACGAGAACACGAAUAGUGGGAGUCGGGUAGGGAAAAGCUGAUAAAAUAAAACAGCUGACAAAAAAAAUAUGAACGAAUAAUAAAAAAAAUUAAUAUUGAAAUAAUAAAUGUGUAAGCGCGAACCAAACGCAUUUUUUCAACAACAGACUGUGUAUUAGAUAGUAGAUUUAACUUGCAAACAAACAAAGAAAGCGUCAAAUAAAACGUAUUUGAAGUAUGGCCAAGUAUACGGCCGGUUCGAUGUCACGAUUGUGCUGAGUCUAUUGUGUGCUUCCUCUAACGCUCUUGUCAAAAAACUAUCGUCUCGUUUAUUUGCAUGUUCUAUUUGAGAUUCAAUUAUUAAUCUUUCAAUGACCAAUGAUAAUUAUAUAAACGCACAUACAUCAAGACUUGAAAAGCAAGUGAAAUCAAGUUUUUCCGAAUUUCUUACACAUAUAACUAACUAUUUUUACCUUAUGAAGGUCAUUUUGAAAAGAAAAACAAACCACACGCACCACAAUCGUAUCAUCGUGUCAUUAUUGUCAUUCGCUGUCAUUGUGUCUCACACCGCCAUAAGAGUUUCGGACCGAAGUAAUAAGGGCCUUUGACUCGCAAUUUUUAAACUCCUACAAACUAUUCUUAUCCUUCCUUGUAUUCCUUACCAUUCUUAUAGAACGAAAGUAACGAGUCCAGUUUCUAUCGACCCUCGAUCCUCAAAAAAUCCUUUUAUAAGUAUUCAGCUUCAAUGCCUCCGUCGUCAUGUUGUUGUCACUCUUAAUUAUUAAUAAUUGUAAUAUAUAUAUAACAAAAAAUAACGAUCACUGUUGAGUAUUGUCUGAUUGUAAUAACAUUGAUAUUAAAUCGAUAUGAAUUGAUAAUCAUAAAUUAAACGUCGACAUUACUUCGUGGAUAUAUUCAUAAGAAUAAAAAUUUGGUGUGGUGUGCCUGGCUGUGCGAUAAUAUAAAUUUCUAAUUACUUUGGCUAAAAAUGUUCAAAGAACAUGCUUUAAAGGUUUUUAAAUUUAUCAGCUGAUUUUUUAUAUUCUGGUUUAUUUGAUAAUGUCCCUUUUACAAUUUUAUAAACGAUUUUUACGUUUCCAAAUAAUUCAUUGUAAGACUGUUUUGUCGACAUUACAAAUUGUAAAUAUUAUUUUAUAAUUAAGAUAUAAUUUAAAAAUUUUAAAGCAUUUCUGGAAACACGCAAACGUAACUCUUGUACGCGUGUUUGUACGCUGUUGAUAAAAUAAAGAUUUGAAUGUCCUGUGCGUCAAUUCAAUGUGUAAAUCGUGCAGCGGAGAAAGUAUUUAUUGCGCUGGAUAAGGAAUGAAACAAGAGUAAUCGAUUUUUUUUUCUGAGCGUGUGUAGCCACAGUAAAUCAGGAAAAAUGCGAGCGUGAUUGAUAUCAGUGGGAGCGAUGGAAGAAAAAUUUGCUAGUAAUUGCCAGAAUGUAAAACUCGACGUUUUAUAUAAAGUCUCCUUUUUUGUAAGACACUUUUUGUCCUGUUUCAUAUAUAAAGAAGAAGCAAAAAUGUUUCAUUCUAACAUUCAUUUUUUUUUUUCUUCAGCCUUUACCAUGUCAUACUUAAAACAUCAUUUAUCCGUAUUUGUAUCUACUAAUUCUAUCAAUUUACAUGUAAUAUUUUCUAUUCUUCUUCAAUCUUUCACCACAAGAUGACUAAGAAAAUCUCAUAACAAUAUAAAUUCAUUAAGGAGAAAAGAAACUAAAAACAGUAAUUUUGGGGCUAUUGCGUUGUUUUUAAAGGGCAGACAGGGUUGCGUAAAUCGAAUAUAGGCCAAAAAAUAUAAAAAUAUGACUACUCGUUAAACAAAAUAAAAAAGUAAUGAAUUCGUGAUUGUCUUAUGGUUUUCUAAAAAGAAAUUGUCUAAUGGUACUAAUAAACCCAAAGUGCCUCUGGUAGAUUUUUGGGCAUAAAAUCGAGUGAUAGCAGCAACAAUUUUUUACGCAAGAAAAAGAGGCAAGGGGGAGAAGGUCAAAUAAAAAAAUUAAAUUUAAUAACUAUUAUCAUGAGCUGGGAAAUCACCGAAGAAUUAUAUUCUAUCAAUACCGUAUAAAACAUCAUCAUUCGCCGUCAUCUCAUUUCACUAUCGAUAUACAUUUGUCAAAGCUUUUUGAACUCACGUUUGACUAUAAAUCGGUGUAAUAUCAAAUAAUACCUAAAUAGUUGUUAAAUAUUAUGAUAACAAAAAUAAGAAUAUUAAUAAAUGAAUGAAUAGCGCGACGAUAAACAAAUUAACUGAUGGAACUAAAAACUAGUAUUAAAAUUAUUCUAAAAGCUUAACUUUAAAUUAUUGGUGAUGAUAAUUUUUCGAUAUUUUUCUCUACUCGAUUAACGAAAUGAAGUUACAAAAAAUCAAUUAACUAGUUGAGAAUUCUAAUUUUGAAAAGUGUAAAUAAUUAUUUGAGUACCUGAUUCUAAAUAUCAAAAGAAUUAGAUCAAGCAAUUUAUUGAAAAAUCAAUUUCAACAACACAUCGUUCUUCAAUUCUGUGUGGAAUAUUUUUAGUUUAGAUAAAAAGCAAUGAAUAUAUAUUGACUUAUAUAUUAUUCUUCUAAUCGUAACUCACAAAACUAUUGAAAUCUCCGAGGAUUUUUCUUCGAGGCUGAAGUUUAUCUCUCAGCGAUAGAAAGCUUCGUUGUAUAUGUAUGCAUAUCGUGUGUUGUAUAUAAGAAUACCAGAAUAUAAAUACGAAUAAUACUUAUAAAUAUGAAUAUGAAUAUAAAUGUACGUCUACUAUAAUUAGAUAGGCACACGAUGAUUUUUGCCAGAUGAAAAUCGCAAGUACGAGAUAGGAAGGUCAGAAAAUAAUUCAGAGAUAAAAAAAUAACACAAUGCUGUCAGUGUUGAUGACGAGGCGUUAGGAAUAACCAAUAGACUAGUCUAACUAAUUUCCAAUAACGUAUCGGUGUCUGUAUAUGCCUCCUAAUAUUUCCAGUGCAACAAGUGGCCACAUGUAUAUUAUUUUAAAAAUGAAUGUGCUUAAAAUUGAUUACUAAAUGUCGUUGUAAAUAAAUAGACAAUUCAUUUCAGCCGACUGACAUAUAUAAACAUUCCAACGAACAAUAAUACUGCAUUUAGGAAGGAAUCUGUGAUGGACUGUCACUCGAUUUUUCCUUUGAGGAUAAAAGUAAUUUGCAAAGCAAUAAAUUACGACGAAACGAGAAACCUAAAGUAAUCAAUUUUAAAAUAAGUAGAUGUGACCAUUUCGAAUAUAGUAUCUCUUCUUUAUGACAAAAUAUGCCUCAUGAAUGCGAAAAACCCUAUAGGUACAAUUUCUCUUCAUACCGAUAAUUUCACUCUGACGAGAGAAUAACGUAAAAGCGAUUCGCGGGUGAUCGACGUACGUAGAUUUUAAAUAAACAUUUGAUAUAUUAAACGAGAAAAGUAUGAGAAUAUGAUAGGACAACUCAAAGCUAAAAGCUGCCUGAAUUUUUUUACGCAAGCUAAACGAAAAGACCAAUAUCAUCGACGCAUUUUUACCUUAAAUACUAACUUUUUACUUGUCAAUUACCUUUCAACCCUGUCAGAAAUAAUUUAUGCAUAAAAUUAUAAUGAAUAGAAAUAGUUAAUAACAUUUGCUAACAGUUAUUUAGUUAUUUACAAUUUAUAACCGUUUAUCAACAUAAGAUUUUUUUAUACAUAUAAACAGUUAUUUUCUGUUAAAAAAACUGGCAUUAUUGAAUAAUAAUAGUUUUGUUUAGUAACUAAUGGUUAUUUGUAUUUUUAUUCACCAAAAUAAAUUUAUUUGGAGAAACAAUGGAUGCAAAUAACUAUAAAUAUCUGUAAAUAACAGUUAUUGCCAAUUACCUGUUGAAAUAAAAAAUUAGUAACUAUUAUUUGCAAUCAAUUUUAAUUAUUAAUUUAUACCAAUACCAGGCGCAAAAGAAAUACUCGUAGGUAGAAAAAAUUACACGAUAAUAACAAUAUAUAAGUAUUUAAAAUAAUUCUUAAUUAUCACACAUGAUAACUAUUUAAUACAAUUGUAUACAAUUGUAUAUAUUUUUGAAACUGAUUUAAAAAUUUCAUAAUUGCUAUUAAUAGCAAAUUUUUUUAUGAUAAAGAGGUGCAUUUCCGAAAUUAUCUAUAACUGUUAAUAAUUGCAUAUAAUUAUUACUGACGAAAAAAAAACUGUUAAUAACUGUUAUAUGUGUCUAAAAUUUGACGUUUAUAAACUAUUUGAAACUGCAAAUAACUGCGUGCCAUAGUUUUACGCAAAAAUUAUUUCCAACGGGGAAGCGUUUUAACGAGUUUUUUAAAUCGAUGUACACACGACUUUUAUAUAUUCACGAAAAAUAAAUGUUUACCUCUUUGGUUACAAAAAAAUCUCAUGAUGAAAAAUUGUGAAAAAAACCAAACGUAAUUACACUUCUUAUCUUUAAACGAAAUUAAAAUGAUGUUCAUGUGUAAAGCGGAAAUCCUUUCAGCCUGAGUUCUCGUUCUUCGAGAAAAAAUAAGUCAAAAGCACGUAAACAGAAGUAAAAGGAAAUUUUAACGAAGGCUAUGUGAAUAACUAGAGCGAAACCUGCAAAAAUCGUUGGAUUGUGAAUUGCCGGGGCAAAGAGAAAACUAGAAAAAAAAUUUCUCUCCAGCCGCGACCCUCUUUUUAUACCAUUCAUUUUCCACAUGUCAAUCAUUCUAACAAGAAGCACACGAGAGAGAAAAAGAUAGAGGGCGGACGAAAACUAACAGAGACUGAAUGAGAGUACGCAGAGUGAAUUUGCAGAUACGAAAGAAAAAGAAGAACAAUUGAAAGAGCAAAAAUAUCCACCGUACGGAAUGGUUAGUGCUUUUUUCAGACUUAGAUAGAAGCUUCUUGAGUUUUAUCGAUAGUCACGUUCCUUUAGCCACUCACAUGAGAUUAUGAUAUGCUAUUAAGUGGAGACAUAUACAUAAAUAAAAGAGAAAAAAAAUAACAAAAUAAAUUAUCGUGUAUGUAUACCGCAUGAGAAAAAAGAAAAGAUUUCCUGGACGAAGCAAUUAUUUUGUACUUGUUUUGUAAUCUUAAC